CCUACCUCUCUCUCCAGCACCCACACUUCCUUCCUUCGCCUUGUGUUUCUCUCUGCAGGAGCCAUGGGAGAAGCCGCGGAGGAUGUCUAUGUUGCCAAUGGCUACCACAGCCAUCAAGCCAAGGAGGGUGUAGAUGAAUGCAAAUGGUAUGAGGAGGAGAUCGACGAUGAUCUCAAGUUAUCUUAUGCUUUGAAUAGCGUGCUGCAUAGAGGGACCAGCAAGUUCCAAGACAUAGCUCUUCUUGACACCAAGCAUUUUGGAAAGGCGUUGGUGAUCGAUGGGAAGAUGCAGAGCACCGAGAUGGAUGAGUUCAUCUACCAUGAAUGCUUGAUACAUGCAGCCCUUCUCUGCCACCCCAAUCCUAAGACAGUAUUUAUAAUGGGAGGUGGAGAGGGGUCCGCUGCAAGAGAAGUGCUCAAGCACAGCACCAUCCAUAGGGUGGUUAUGUGUGACAUCGACCAGGAGGUUGUAGACUUCUGCCGGAAGUAUUUGACUGCCAAUCAGGAAGCCUUUGCUAGCGACAAGCUCUGCCUCGUCAUCAAUGAUGCGAAGGUGGAGCUGGACAAGAGAGAGGAGAAAUAUGAUGUAAUAGUGGGAGAUUUGGCUGACCCUGUUGAAGGAGGACCAUGCUAUCAGCUCUACACUAAUCAUUCUAUGAACAAGUGCUCAAGCCCAAGCUGCAAUCAUGAUGGCAUCUUUGUCACCCAAGCUGGACCAGCCGGUGUUCUUACACAUAAGGAGGUCUUUUCAUCUAUAUACAACACCCUUAAGCAUGUUUUUAGAUAUGUGCUUGCGUACACAGCUCAUGUGCCUUCCUUUGUGGAUACAUGGGGAUGGGUUAUGGCAUCUGAUCAACCAUUCACUCUUAAUGCUCAACAAAUUGAUGAGAGGAUCAACGAGAGAAUUACUGGAGAGCUACUGUACUUAAAUGGCAAGUUCCUCAUAUCUGCAACCACAAUGAACAAGAGUGUUACCAAUCGUAAGUAUCAUUAUUCUGUGGUCAUAUCAUUAGUCACAGGGAUGACUGUGAAUGAAACGCAUGUGUACACGGAGAAAAUGCAAGAUUUAUCCAUGACAUGGAAGGCAUGUGUGCUUAAGGCUCCUCAUUCAAGGGACAAAAUAUAUGUCAAUGGAGCUCUAAAUCAACAAUACUUUGGGCAAAGAGGGCAAGAAUCUUAUGAAGAAGUGUGGUGGUAG